UUUGAGGGCCAUGAGAACAUUAUAUGGAGUCUCGUCUUCUUGCACGAUAAUGUCCACAUCGUGAGCGCAUCGCGAAAUGGCAUGAUGCGGAAGUGGAAUUGCGAUACGGGACAUCUUGUCGGUGAACCGUGGAAAGGUACGGGAGGAGAUAUAACCGCACUGGCAUUGUCACCGAACGGGAAGAUAAUUGCGUGUGGGAGGGUGAACAGGGGUGUUGAGCGGUGGACCACCAACGGAAAGAUGAUUAGUAAUUGGAGGGGUCACAGAAAGGCGGUGCGAUCGGUGUCGUGGUCUCCAAACGGAAAAUAUGUC